GGAAUAACUAUUCGCAGGUGUCGUGCCCUGCGUGUUGUGUUUCUGGACGGAGACCAAGCCACCCGCAAGCCGCUUUAAAGGUCUCCUUCCCUCACGUCGUCGACAACUGAACGCUCAAAGGGGUAAACAAAUCAGGACGAGUUAGAGGGCGGUGGCAAAGGCAGGUUCGGCCCUGGCUACCGUGUGUAAACAAGCUCAUCGUUGGAACAUGAUUUCCGAGCCUAUGUUCCAUAACAGAAAAUAAUAGUUGCUUCACUCGUCACUGCUUCGCGCUCGCUUUACUAGCGUCAUAAAAAGUAGACAAGAAUUGACAUCUCCUGUCAUCGGCACCAGAGAGAAAGCCGGUGGUGGCAAUAGGCCUGGCUGGCCAAUAGCACGAAGGACAGCUGCUUAAGCCACGCCCCUUUCCCCUUCCAGCAGCAAAUCAGAACGAAACAAACGGGGCUCGUCCUACCACCGGCUUAUGUCCGUGGGGCGGGUUUUGCUUCUACUCAGGCCGUGUGAGGAGGAGGAGGAGGAGGAAGGGAAGGACGGCAGGUCGAGCGGCGCCGUCACUGAAUUCGGGGCUCCCGCUAUCACCGCGCACACACGAUGGCGGCUGCCGUGGCUGGGUUUCGUGCUUCUUACCACCGUUUCUUAGACAAGAUCGAGCUUAUGUUGCCGGCCCGGCUGCGCCCUUUGUAUAACCACCCUGCAGGUCCUAAAACAGUGUUUUUUUGGGCACCUGUUAUGAAAUGGGGUUUGGUAUGUGCUGGAAUGGCUGAUAUGACUAGGCCUGCUGAAAAACUCAGCACUUCACAGUCUGCCGUCCUAAUGGCUACAGGCCUUAUCUGGUCAAGAUAUUCUCUAGUAAUUAUUCCUAAAAACUGGGGUCUGUUUACUGUUAAUUUCUUUGUUGGCGGUGCUGGUGGCUCUCAGCUGUACCGCAUAUGGAGGUAUAACCAAGAGUUAAAAGCCAAGGAACUGGAAAAGCAAAAGUAGAAAUUUAGUUAAUUUCUUCUAAUCUCUGUGUAAACUACUUCUUAAGGGACCUACAAUAGUUUUAAUCCGGUUCAGUUGCCCAGUGUGAAUUUUUACUAAAAGUGGUAGAGCAUGUUUUUAUAUAAAAUUAGAAAGCAGCCUCUUUGCAUUUAAAUAAACUCUUUAAUAAGCUCCUGGUCUCUUCUUAAGGCCAAAUACAACUGGUGCAAGUAUUUUUAAGAACAGAAGCAAGAUGACUUUUCCAACUGCUCAGAAACCUGAAUUUGAAGGGGAAAAGAUAAUUUAGGGGACUUGGGCUCUCACACCAUAUUUUUCACCAGCAACUUAAAUGUAAUCUUUUCCAGGCUCAUGGAACUGCCACUUCACAAUCAGAAAAGGACAUAUUAGGUUUCAGGAGAUGCAUAGAUGCCAAAUAUUUAUUCUUCUUCAAAGCAACAUUGCUACAGUCUUAAUAGCUAUAGAUCUAAUGGCCCGAACAGCACAAACUACUGUAAAUCUGGGCAAAGGGUAGGAACAAGUUCAUGUAUUUUGCUAUAUUUUAGAAAUCUCACUUUUUCAAAAUAUGAAAAAUUGUUAGAAUCAUAGGAUCAUGUAAAAAAAUAUUUUUAGGGGAUAUAUGUGCAAAAUGCCUAUUGGGAUUUAAAUUAUAUUUUGUUUUUACAUAGCUAGAGAAAUGUUACUUUUUCAGCAUGCUCCUAAACUUCAUAGACCCAAAGACAGAUUAGGAAAUAAUAUUGGUAGACACAACAGCUAUGUGAAUAUGUACAGAGAAAAUGAAGCAUUUCAUAUUUGCUGAGUUAUUUUUAAGUGGCCUACCUUUAUACAUAUAUGCAAGGCAUAUAUUCAAUUACUGCAAAUGUACCCUACAUUAGUCUGUCCUUGAAGACCAUCCAGAAGUUACAACAGAGCUAAAAUGUGAUGAUGCAUUUCUGAGUGUCCCACAUGUGUGCUUGUGUUCUGUUACUGUUGCAUGAGCUGCAUUGAUUUCCAAUUGUUUUCCAAGUACAAUUGAAGGUAUUAGUUAUCACUUUCAAAGCCCCACAUGGCACACGGCCAGAUGGUGUGCCCAACUACCUCUCCCUUAGAAUAUCGGUACAUCCCAUUAGGUGAGAUAGGGUGGGGGGCACUUUAGGUGCCUUCCCUCAAAUAUUGCCACUUAGUCAGGACCUGGGAGCAUGCUUUCCACGUAGCUGCCCCUGCCCUUUGAAUCUCUCACCUGAGAUGAUGGAGUGUAUCAUUUUAACCAUUCUGUAGGCCUUGAACUCCUGAUUCUUCCCUUAAGAAUUAUGGUAGGAGGGAGUAAUGUCACAGGAUUAGUAGCAUGGGUUACUAUAGUGCCUUGAGGGGAUUUUAUUUUUAUUGGUUUUGCUAUCAGCCGCAUAGGAUUACUAUGCAAGAUAGGCAGCCAAUUAACUUCUUUAAAUAAAAAAUAUGAAAUCUGAGACCCCAAGAUCUCACUCCACAUCAUUAGCCCACGUUCCUCUCUCAGGACCCUCCAUCUUCACUUACAUUUCUUUUCUUACUUUUUUUGCCCAUUAACUCCCUAGCCCAUGUUUUUGCUCAUUCUAGGCCUGUGCUAUUCCUUUCUGUGUGUAAAAUUGCAUAUCUUUGUUCCAGUCGUCUUGCUGCUGGUUCUCAUCAUGGUUAAACAUUUAUUUCUGGGAUAACUCAUUAUGAUUUCCAAGCUUACCUGAUAUUAGUGGAGUGUUUUUUCCUUUUCCUCCCCUUCCUUGGAUAGACAGCAGCACUUCAAAAUAAAGCAAUUGUAUAUAAUAACACUA